AAAUAAUAUAAUCAUAAAAAUCGGAAGGAACUCCUUCCAACCACUCCCAUUGACACUACAAAUAAUCAUCCUCUCUUCUCAGUUGUAACUGCUACAAUUCAUUUCCUUCGUCUGUUCAUCAGAUCUACUCUCGUUCUUUUCUUUUGCCCAAAAUCUUCCAUUCUACCUGGAAUUGGGGUUUCCGAUAUACAGAAAUGAAGGAAGAUUCGCCAAAUGAUUUGGAGAAAAGCUAUUUCGACGUGUUGGGUUUAUGUUGUUCGUCGGAGGUGUCACUGAUCGAGAAGAUUCUUAAACCUCUCGACGGCGUUCACCAUGUCUCCGUCAUCAUUCCUUCCAAAACUGUAAUUGUGCUUCACGACGCCGCCUUGAUUUCUCAAUUUCAAAUUGUUAAGGCGCUAAACCAAGCAAGAUUAGAAGCAAACGUAAGGAUGAAAGGAGUUCAAAGCUACGGAAACAAGUACCCAAGCCCAUACGCCGUCGUUUGUGCUUUGGCAUCACUACGAAUUUUCAGAUUCGACAUCAAUCUUCUCAUGCUCAUUGCAGUCGCAGGAUCCAUUGUCCUGAAGGAUUACUGGGAAGCAGGCACAAUUGUUUUCUUAUUAGUUAUAUCCGAAUGGCUCGAGGCUAGAGCAAGUCACAAGGCGACUGCUGUGAUGUCAUCAUUAAUGAGCAUAGCUCCUCAGAAGGCUGUAUUAGCCGACACUGGUGAAGAAGUCAACACUAGCGAAGUCAAAGUCAACACAAGACUUGCGGUCAAAGCCGGGACCAUGAUCCCCAUUGAUGGAAUAGUCGUGGAAGGGAAAUGUGAAGUCGAUGAAAAAACCCUAACUGGUGAAUCGUUUCCUGUUGUUAAACAAGUAGACUCCAUCGUUUAUGCAGGGACACUCAAUCUAAAUGGUUAUAUUAGUGUUAAGACUACUGCUCUAGCUGACGAUUGUGUGGUUGCAAAAAUGGGAAAGCUUGUUGAAGAGGCUCAAAAUAAUAAAUCUAAAACUCAAAGAUAUAUAGAUGAGAUAGCCAAGUAUUACACCCCUGCUGUUGUUGUGGUAGCUGCCAGCUUGGCAGCUAUACCAGCUGCUAUGAGAGUUCGUGACGUGGAGAAAUGGUAUCACUUGGCUUUGGUGGUUUUGGUAAGUGCAUGUCCGUGUGCACUUAUCUUAUCAACUCCAAUUGCAGCAUUUUGUGCAUUGUCAAAAGCAGCUACAUCCGGACUUUUAGUCAAAGGCGCUGAAUACCUUGAAAUACUUUCUACUGUCAAAUUUAUUUGCUUUGAUAAAACCGGAACAAUCACUAAAGGAGAGUUUUCUGUCUCAAGCUUUAAACCGCUCAUUCACAAUGACAAAUUGCUAUAUUGGGUUUCGAGCAUCGAGAGCAAGUCGAGUCAUCCAAUGGCUGCGACACUUGUGGAUUAUGCGCAGUCUCAUUCAGUCCAACCACAACCAGACAAUGUGGAGGAAUUCAAAGAUUUUCCUGGUGAAGGAGUUUACGGGAAGAUAGAUGGGAAAGAUGUUUAUAUCGGAAACAAAAGGAUCGCCAUUAGAGCAGGCUGUUCACAAGAUCUUAUCGGUGAUGAAAGGAAUGAAGGGAGGUCGACAGGGUACAUAUUCGUAGGGUCUUCACUUUCCGGAAUCUUUAGUUUGUCAGAUUCAUGUCGAAUUGGAGUACGUGAAGCACUCCAACAACUCAAAUCAAUGGGAAUUAAAACCGCCAUGCUCACCGGAGACUCUCAAUCCGCCGCUAAUCACGCACAAAAUCAGUUAGAAGAAGCAUUAGACAUGGUCCACGCAGAACUUCUCCCACAAGAUAAAGCCAGAAUCAUUAAAGAAAUCCAAAAGGAAUCCCCUGUAGCUAUGGUGGGAGACGGGAUGAACGAUGCUCCUGCUUUAGCCACAGCAGACAUCGGGAUCUCAAUGGGGGUGUCAGGAUCCGCAUUAGCAAAUGAAACAGGACACGUGAUUCUGAUGUCAAAUGAUAUCCGGAAAGUUCCGGUAGCUGUAAGGCUUGCGAGAAGAACACGUAGAAAGAUAUUUGAGAACAUUUUCAUUGCUAUGGUUACUAAAGCUGCUGUUAUCGCAUUGGCUAUUGCUGGUCACCCGCUCGUUUGGGCUGCAGUUCUUGCUGACAUGGGAACCUGCUUACUUGUCAUUUUCAACAGCAUGCUUCUGCUACGAGGUACAAAUUCAAAAAACAGGAAAAAGAAUUCGGGUUCUUUACAGUGUACAUUUAGUUCUAUGGUUGAAGAAAAAUGUUGUGAUGUGGGUGGUGGUUGUGAUUUAAAUGUUAAAGACGACUGUUGUAGUUCAGAGGUUAAAAAAAGUUGUUGUGAUACGAGUGUUGGUUGUGGUUCAAAGGUUAAAGACAAUUGUUGUAGUUCAGAGGUUAAAGAAAGUUGUGAUUCAAAGGUUAAAGAUAAGUGUUGUGAUGUGGGUGGUGGUGGUCCUGAUAAAAAUGUACGAGAGGAGAAGCGAUUGGUACAAGGAAAAGGAACACACGGGUGUUGUGAUGACGAGAAUGACGAAAUACAAGAGGUAAAGCCAGUGGUACAAUCAUGUGAAGCAAAAAUGUCCAUACAAGAAACAAAGUGUUGUAAGGUAAACAAAGAUUUGGAAUCACAGAUUUGCGUUAAAGAGCAAGGAGAAUGCAAUAAUAGUAAUUCCUACAUCAAGUUGGAGAAAAUGGUUAAAAAUUGUUGCAGGAGGCGUGGCUUGAAAAAGAGGAAUGUUGUCAGUAGGUGUUGCAAGAGCUUUGCAUACAAAUGUUGUCGGUAUGGACGCUUAUCAGAGAUUGUGAUCGAGUAA